UUUAGUAUGUUUCAUUGUAUUCUGUGUGCAUGAGAACAGAGUGAUUUUCGUCCUGUUCUCACGACAUAAGCUGUGCUUUCAAAAAACACAUCCUAUGGAAGUUUAUGUUAAAGGUCGUAAAACUGUUAAACGCUCGUAAAUUGAGAGCUACUCCUAAAUUUAUGUUCUUCCUUACCUUAUCUGUUAAAAGCAUUCCAGACUGGAUGUAAACACUUCUGCAUCCACCUUUUCUUUGGUUCUUUGUGUAUGUGCGUAUAUAUACUCCUGUCUCCCACAAUAAACUUUGAACGUCUCACUGAGCACUGACUUGUGUGUAUCAUUGAGGGGUUCCCUGGUACCAGGCGGGACAAGCAGAAUACAGGCUGAGCACUGAGUAGACAAAAGGAGGUCUACCAAAAUUCAAGAAAUCCUUACAAUUUGGGGGCUCGUCCGGGAUACCUCUAAUCAGACUAAAGACGUGCUGCAGUGAUGUCCAACCCGUGAUGUGACAUAGAGAGAGUGACGUGACACAGAGGGAUCGCCUGGGGUUGCCACUGAAUGACUUUACUUCUGCUAUUAGUGUAGCAUUUCUGGUGGUGUCUUAGCGCCUCGUAAGGUGGGACGAGUGCAGAUUGGGCGUGCCCGCACUCUGAGCACUGUAUCGUCAAGAAAGGCAAUAGUUCACCACUAGUAGUUAUUUAUGAGUUUGCACUCAACUUGUUAUAUUUCUGUGUAUUCUUUUGGUCACACUCCAUCCUGUAGAGCUUGUAGAACAGCACUAGGAGUGGAAACCUCUCCUGCCUUGAGAUGAAGUUUCUUUUUGUCCUCCUAAUCUUGAACAAGGGAUUGUUGUACAUAGUGCAACCUCAUCCACAUGAUAAUGUUUUUUGGAGAUUCGCUAAUUGGACCGCUAAGCAAUAUACCAAUGAGUCUUGUUAUGUGUGCCAACAUUUCCCUUCCGCUGUAGGACAGACGUCACUGAGACCCCUACCUGGUAAUGAAUCAGCUCUCUUAGUAGCUGCACGAGUUUGUAUUAGUUCCUACUGUCGAAAUGGUACUCAGUAUAUUAACUCUAACCUGACACAUAGCUUAUUUUUGAAUCAAACAGGGUCUGACUGGUGGUGCAGACUGAUGCACUACGAUCAUAAUUUCUCAAACCCUUGUGACUAUUCACUUACUGCUUUAGAUAUUAGCCUCCUCCGCUUCAGCACGAGGAAAAGAGCUCUCGUCACUGCUUUCCAGGUCUUCACUUUGCCCAAUUUUAAAUAUCCUUAUUGCUUUAUAGGAAAUGGCUCUGUAUUUCUUGGAAACAUGCAUCUAGAUAUGUGUAGUGAAGCAUAUUUUCCCUAUUCUCCAGAUCGUUCUUGUCCUGAAGGUAAUUGCUCAGUAAUCCACCCUGGCCCCCGUGGGACCAUUAAUCACUAUUCAGAUUGGUAUUGGGUUUGUGAUAAGGCUGUUUACAUUUUCCUCCCUGCUAACUGGGCUGGAAUUUGUGCCCCUUCUCAAUUUAGAGGCUCUUUUACACUGGUCACACGAAACCCUCGUGGAACCCAACAUCAUGCUCGCCUUAAGCGAGAUAGUGAUCCAUUCCCUCCCCCUGAUCAUCAGUUACAGAUUAAGGCAGUUAAAUUUUGGCAUGCUUUUUUUCCUCAAUAUGGUGUGACUCAGUUAUGGAAUCAGAUUGAGGUAACACAUUACAGGUUAGCUACUUUUGUUAAUGCCACUAAUAUUGCUGUAGAAGGUAUUAAAGGGGAAUUAACUGCUCUUCGACUGACCACGGUACAGAAUAGAAUGGCCCUUGAUUUAAUCCUCGCAGAGAAGGGGGGUGUUUGUGCUAUGGUAGGUGAUAGUUGUUGUACAUACAUUCCAGCUAAUGAUGAUGAACAUGGAAAAAUUUCUACUGCUUUGGAAAAGAUGCGCGAGGUUGCUUCUCAGUUAAAGGAUGAUGAAAAGGGUCAAGUAGGUUGGGGAGUUUGGUAUACUUUGUUUGGUCAAUGGGCUCCUUAUCUCUCCCUUGUCGUACCGGUUUUGUUUAUUUUAUUGUUGUUAUGUCUUUUAGGUACAUGUAUUUUUCGCUGUGUGCAAAAUCUUUUGUACAAGUAUGUUUCAGGUUAUGUUCCUGCGCCGCGUCCGAUGACCUAUUAUCCGCCAGCGACUUCUUGAAAGCUCUGAGUUUUAUUCAACGAUAUUUCUUAUGAAUAAAAGGGGGGAAUUGUAGGGAAUAUUUGAUUUUUAGUAUGUUUCAUUGUAUUCUGUGUGCAUGAGAACAGAGUGAUUUUCGUCCUGUUCUCACGACAUAAGCUGUGCUUUCAAAAAACACAUCCUAUGGAAGUUUAUGUUAAAGGUCGUAAAACUGUUAAACGCUCGUAAAUUGAGAGCUACUCCUAAAUUUAUGUUCUUCCUUACCUUAUCUGUUAAAAGCAUUCCAGACUGGAUGUAAACACUUCUGCAUCCACCUUUUCUUUGGUUCUUUGUGUAUGUGCGUAUAUAUACUCCUGUCUCCCACAAUAAACUUUGAACGUCUCACUGAGCACUGACUUGUGUGUAUCAUUGAGGGGUUCCCUGGUACCAGGCGGGACAAGCAGAAUACAGGCUGAGCACUGAGUAGACA